CUGUCGAUUUGGGGGACUCCCGCAAGCGAAGAAGAAUUACAAUACGAUACAAUACAAUACACGCACUUUAUAUUAAGCCUUUGUCUUUUCCAUUUGAUGGCCGUAAGGCCUCUCCAAUUCAUCGUUUCUUUCCGCCACCACCGCAGCUCUCCGAUUUCCCAACUCCGCCGCGUCGCCUCCCUUCCCCGGCAGCAGAACCUACUCCAGAACGACCCGCCACUGCCGCCGCCGCAGCAGCAUCGUCGCCCUCUGCAGCCGCAGCAGCAGUUUUCUUCAAUUAGCCACCGUCCAUCUUCGACGGUGCCGGAAACGAUGGCGCAGAAGAUCGGGAAGGCAAUUAGGCGGCCGGGGGCGCCGUCCAAGGCGCGCGUCUACUCCGACGUCAAUGUUCUUCGCCCCAGGGAGUAUUGGGACUAUGAGUCCCUCACUGUUCAAUGGGGUGAGCAGGAUGAUUAUGAGGUGGUCAGGAAGGUGGGUCGGGGGAAGUACAGCGAGGUUUUCGAGGGAAUUCAUACCACCAACAACGAGAAAUGCGUUAUCAAAAUCCUUAAACCUGUCAAGAAGAAAAAGAUCAAGAGAGAGAUUAAGAUUUUACAGAAUCUAUGUGGUGGACCAAAUAUUGUGAAGUUGCUUGACAUUGUAAGAGAUCAACAAUCAAAGACUCCUAGUCUUAUAUUUGAGCAUGUAAACAACACCGACUUCAAAGUGUUGUACCCCACACUUUCGGAUUUUGAUAUCAGAUACUACAUCUAUGAACUAUUGAAGGCUUUAGAUUAUUGCCAUUCUCAAGGUAUCAUGCAUCGUGAUGUUAAGCCUCACAAUGUAAUGAUAGAUCAUGAACAACGUAAACUUCGCCUGAUAGACUGGGGACUUGCUGAGUUCUACCAUCCUGGGAAAGAGUAUAAUGUUCGUGUUGCUUCUAGAUAUUUUAAGGGCCCUGAGCUGCUUGUUGAUCUGCAAGACUAUGAUUACUCCUUGGACAUGUGGAGCCUGGGCUGUAUGUUUGCUGGAAUGAUAUUUCGCAAGGAACCUUUCUUCUAUGGACAUGAUAAUUAUGAUCAACUCGUCAAGAUUGCAAAGGUAUUGGGUACAGAAGAAUUGAAUGCUUAUUUGAACAAGUACCGUUUGGAAUUGGAUCCGCAUCUUGCUGCUCUUGUCGGAAGACACAGCAGAAAACCAUGGACAAAGUUUAUUAAUGCCGAAAAUCAACACCGGGCUGUUCCAGAGGCAAUUGACUUUGUUGACAAAUUGCUGCGAUAUGAUCAUCAAGAAAGACCUACUGCAAAGGAAGCAAUGGCCCAUCCUUAUUUCCACCCAGUAAGGAAUGCAGAAGUCCGCAGAAACCGUGGGUAAUGAGACUUAUUACAUUCCUUCGAUAUCAUCGAUCCCUAUUCAUUUUUCAUCCCCGGUAAUAUGCACUUACUGGCUAUUAUGUUACCCAUUGAGUUGUGCCGAAAUGUGAUCCCCCUACAUGUUUAAAUUUCUGAAUGAAACUUUAUACCUUCUUGUCGGCGAUUCAAUGGUCUUGUUGUCCUUUUUACCUGUGUAAGAGAUCAUAAAUGUUUGCUUUACUUUUCUGCAAAUGAAGAUCUUGGUUUGCCAGUGAACUAAUGAAGUAGAGAAUCAUAUAUUUUCAAA